AAAAAUAAAUAUAAAUGCAACACCAAAGAAAGAAAAAAAAGAUUUAACUAAGAGAAUCUAACAUCUUUUCCUUCCAGAAGAAGAAACACGAUGCCAUGGUACAUGAUAAGCACACUUUGUAUAUUUGGGCUGUUGAAAAUCUCGUCAUCAUCGCCACCAUUGUCGUUGCCAUCACCAUUCCGUGUGGUACAUUUUUACAUGAAGGAAAAUCCACCAUACAAUGUCCCACUUGUUUAUGAUCAUAAAAAUAAAGGAAUUAUUCACAACUUUAUCUCUCAUAAGAACUUCAGGGAAAAGAGAGAAGAAGAAUACAAACAAAUCUUCUUUGAAACGACUUCAUCUGUGCUUUUAGACCUAAUAACAAAUGACAAACUAUCUAACUAUGGUAUCUCACAGAGCGAUGUUGUUUUUAUUUCAGGAAUAACAGUUCAACACGUUAAACCAAAACGAGCAAAAGCUUAUGCUGUUGACAAAAUUAUCACUUCACCAGGAUCUGCUGUUAUUGUUCGUAACAGUGAUGCGUUGCUCCUUUUAAAACUAUUUACUGGCAUGAGCGAAUGUUUCUCGAUUAUUUACUUCGCAACUCUUGCUGCCAUUAUUGUUGGAGCUUUUGUGUGGUUAUUAGAACAUCGAGGCAAUGAAGAUUUCCCCAAUACUUUUGGUAAAGGACUCUGGAUAGGAUUUUGGUUUUGCUAUGUUACCAUGACGACCGUGGGGUACGGUGAUAAAACGCCAAAAUAUUGGGCAACACGAGCCUUAGCAACAAUGUGGAUGGUCUUUGCAGUCAUGACAGUUGCUAUGGUUACAACUACGGUGAUGAGUAAUGCUGGAAAUAUGGUGAAAUUAAAAAAUCAGGAUGUGGCAGUUCUUAACGCAACAUUUGAAGAAAGGAAUGUUGAACAACUUCUAGGAGCUAAAGGAAGACGCUAUGACAACUAUAUCGAAAUCUUAAAAGCGGUAAAGUAUGGCUAUGUUAAGGCUGCUCUUGUUGACCAAAACGUAGCAGCGUAUUACUUCAACAAGUUUUCAGAGGCACCAUCUGAUAGUAGCAACUCAACGUUAAAAGAAAUACACCUGCUCGUGAAAAGCCUCAAGGCACAACAGAAAAUCGACAAAAAAGUCCCUGUUAAGAUGUACAUGUUUUAUGGUGAAAAUCUGGGAGAUGAAUCAGGUACAAAAACUAAUUGUUCUUCGUGUUGUGUUUGCAAGAGUCUUAAUUCUCAGCUUGACCAUGAAGAAGCUAAGAAUGGCGAAGAAGCAUUUUUAUCGCAAAUGGUAACACUGUACGAUAUUUCGUUGGAAGUCACACCAUAUUACGUUCGGUCCGUUACAGAUAUUUUCGAUCAAACGGACAGGGGUUUGUUGUUGUUUAUGACUAUAAUAGUUGUGCUGCUUAUAACGGCGGGUAUCAUUGUUGAGGUCUACAAUGUUUUUAUUAACAAACUGACGGCUAGACAGAAUGCUUAUGUAUUUAACGUGACAGAGAAGGAAUAUAAGGCACGCUUAAAGAAACUAUUACAUCAGAAAGUUCAACGCUUUCUGGAAAGUGCAGUGGAAGAUAUCGCUGAGGAAAUGUUGUUACAAGAGCAGCAAGUUUCUGCCCCGUCAGAACUAUUAAAAUUAUACAAGAUGGAUCUGUAGGAGUAAAAUAUAACUUCCAAUACACUUGUGAUUGCCAUUAAAAACAUUAAUCAAG